AUGACGCACAGGCAUCUGCAAACAGAAAUGGUUGACGUAAAUGUGUAUAUUUAUAGGGAUAGAUCCUGGAGUGGAACAAGAAGUCACGAAGAUGGGUCAGUCGACCAUUCAUUUGAGACAAGUCACGCCGUCAUCGCCACUGCUUACGGCGUCAGCCUUUCUGCAGAUCCAACAACACUUUCAAAGUACCUCGACCCCUGGUACCGCUCUCUUGUCAACCAAGAACCAUAUGCUGUUCCGUGGAUUUUACGUGCUCCGAACCAGGAAAGAUUGGUUGUUCUAGAAGCUUUGGGCGCAGUGACUUUUGAUCGUCCCACAACCCCUCCAGGUGCAGCCAUCUCUUUAUGGCUGGCGCACAGCGUUCUGGACUCGGUCUGGUGGACCUCGAGAAGGAGCUGGUUUGCUCAAGCUGCAGUUCGCGAAACUCGGCCAAAUGCUACGGUCACCACCUUGUUGGAUAUGGUUUUGAAGGCGGACCCGGGACGUGCUAGGUCAGCAGAAGAGAAGGCGGAAAUCGCAAAGAAAUACAAGCCCGGCGAUCCGGUACUGCCAGCAGAAGACUCAGCAGAAAGUUCUGCUGAAUCCGACGAAGAGGACCGGCAACUGCUUGAGGAAGUUAGAGAGCUUAGUCUGAGGGACGUGGGUGGUGACCAUGGAAGCAGGCCGUCGAGCUCUCGGGCUCGAGAAGCCUUGCGAGACCAUCGGGCGAGAAGUGCAGACUCUAGAGAAAGGUCGGAGGAUGAACGGGUCCACCGUCGACAUGAAGAUGAGCGCAGAGCACGGCGCCAGGCGCAGCACCACGCCGCACGCAGGGCUGCCCAUUCCAGCAGUACUGUAGCAGAGUCUAGCGCCACGAGACGGGUUGAGCAUCAGGCUAGCCUACGGUCUUUGUUGAGCUCAUCCGAUGUGGAAGCCACUACGCAGGAAGAGAUCGUACGCCAGAUCAUAGAUGAAGGGUUGCUGGACGGAAUUGACCUGGAUAACCUCACCCAAGCUCAAGAGGAGGAGCUGAGCGAUCGCCUAGUACAGAUCUAUCUCAGCAGACAUCCGGAUCGGGCAAAUCUACGCCGGCGAGGCAGUGAGCACUCCGAGCGGCCUCGCCAUGGGGAACAUCGGCGUUCGAGAUCACAAACCGUACAAGCGCGGAGCGCUGCAACGGCAUCGACUGGACAAUCGCGGCAUCCACCUGCGUCGCGCCCACAUCUCCUGGAGGCAGAUCCCGAUGCUGUUGCUCGAGGGCACCGAAGAAGAGCCUCAGAUCAAGGAAAUCAACGUCGGAGGACGUCACCUAUCCCAGCUUCUCAAGCAUCUUCAUCAGAGGCUACCUUGAGACCGGCUGUGAGAUCUUCCAGUGAUAUGACGAAUCAACGUCCUCGACCUUCACCCUCAGGAAGACCAAGGACGGGAGAGUCCUCAUCUGCUUCGAUAUCAAGACAUGCUGUCGGGCCUGAAGGACGAGUUUCAGAGACUUGGAUUGCAGGAGGCAGGGAUCGAAAUGCGCAGCAGUCGUUGGCUGCCAGGCAGAUAGUGUCGUCUCCGCGAUCGAGCAGCCCAACGCUUGCUUCUCCUACAGAACAAUCAUUUUCGGCGUCAGAUCACGGAGCACACAGUUCGUCCGCUGUGCCAGAUGUCUCCAGCCAUCGAAGCGCGGCGUCAAGGCCGAUUUCGUCACGGUCCAACCAACCUCGGGUACCUUCUGUGCGCUAUCCCGAACCAUCGAUAGCCUGCGAUCGAUGCGGACGAUCGAACAUCCAAUACGAUCUCCACAAGCACUGCUCGCGAUGUAAAGAGGGCAGGUAUUAUCUCUGCCUUCGUUGCUAUCGCCUGGGUCGAGGUUGCUUGCAUUGGUUUGGGUUUGGCCUCGCUGGACAAGCCAAUUUCGAGAAACAGCUCCCUACAUCUCAUCGAUCAGCAACUACAUUGGAACCACCGCACACUUUACGCUCCCAGAGAUAUCGACGACCGGAGGAGGGCAGACUUCGCAGCACAAGUGACGGAAGGCAGGUGUCUAGCAACGACCCGGCCAACAGACUCGAAGAAGGCAUGUUUUGUGACAUUUGCCUGUCUCUGGCCAACGACUGUUUCUGGCAAUGUAGCCAGUGUAAUGACGGAGAAUGGGGUUAUUGUCAACGUUGCGUCAACAAGGGGCGUUGCUGCAACCACCCACUUCUUCCGAUUCGUCGUGCGGCCGCAGACAGCGACAGUACAACACCUUCAGUGGAUGCAGCACCCACAAUAUCGACCUCUCUUUCUGCUUCACUAGGGUCUGCGGAUCUGGCAUCCUACCAUGUACUCUCUUUUUCUACCAAAUGCGAUAUAUGCGCCCAUCCCAUUCCUCCAUUGUCGACUCGGUUUCACUGCCUGGAGUGUAACGAGGGGGAUUAUGAUAUCUGCACAAAUUGCUAUCUGAAACUCGUUGCGUCUGGCAAGAUCAGCAAGGAAAAUGGCCACAACGGAUGGCGUAGAUGUCUGAAGGGUCAUCGGAUGAUCGUCGUUGGCUUCGAGGACCACGAAGACGGCCAGAGACGGGUCAUCGUCAGGGACCUGGUUGGCGGCCGUACUUUCAAGGACGAUUAUCCGCGAACGCACGGCAGCGGCACAAACUCGUCUUCAUCCGGUGCUCUACCAGCCGUCCCGUCUCCCGAGCUGGGAUCCGGCGACUGGAGCUGGAAAGAGGGGCAACAAAUUCGGAGAAAGAAGGCGUCCCGCAGCCGAACAGCCUGGGCGACUGCUAGUAGUGCUACUACUAAUACUAAUACGAACGCAGAAGUCGGUUCUCCGACAUCUCCUACUACAGCAACAACGCGGAGGUUAUUCCCACCAGACGGCGGCGUGGGUCUCGUCCUCUGCGCGCUCUGGUCCUACUACCCGGAGGAGGACGUCACGGACGAGCUGGCCUUCCCCCGCGGCGCGGAAAUCACCGAGGCGGAAAACAUCAACGACGAGUGGUACUGGGGGUACUAUGCCGGAUCUACGGGCUUGUUCCCUGGUGCAUAUUGCACAGUUAUCCGGGAUGUUUCCUAA